UGUUCUUGCUAGAUUUCCCCGGAAAAAAAUCCAAUCUUUCCAGGAAAACGCAUACCAGAUCCAAAGGAGGAAAAAGUAAGGAAAAGAUGAAGUUUGGAAGAGAAUACGAAGCGCAGAUGAUCCAAGAAUGGCGAGAAGCCUACAUGGAUUAUCGUUCUCUCAAAUCCAUCGUCAAACAGAUCCUUCGUUAUCGUCUUCAAAAACAACAACGUCCUCCACGUCCUCCUCCGGCCGCCGGAGACACCGCUCCGCUCCAAUCCGACGGCGGAAAGGGAGGCAAAGGCGGAACCGGAGCAGCCGGACUAUCUCGGAGAGUCUCUCUCUACCGAGCAUUUAGCGGCCUCACGAACCGAGCCAAAGGCUCCCCCAAGAAAUCACACAAACACAACAAUCCUCUGAGCAGCAAACGCCACCAUUACCAUCUCUUCGAAGACGACGACGAGCAAGUCAUCUUGAUCAACGAAGACGAGACGGCCAGCUACACGACGACGUUUCUUAGCCCGGCAGAGGAAGGCGGAGAGAUGGAGGUUCAGUUUUUCCGGCGGCUAGACGGAGAGUUCAACAAGGUUUUGAGGUUUUACAAGCAGAAAGUGGAGAAUGUCAUGGAGGAAGCCGAUGAGCUUAGUAGACAAUUAAACGUUUUGAUUGCUCUUAGAGUUAAAGUUGAGAAUCCAAACGUUGAUUUUCCUCCUGACAUUAAUGGCGUCUCCAGUGGUCCUGCUUCUCCACAUACAACCACCAGGACUCCAGCAACUUCACCUUUGGAUGUGAUUAGAGAAAUGGAACAGACAGAAGAUAAGAAAGUGUUUAAACCUGCUCCAGUAGAAGUGUUGGAUCAUAUAAAGCUCAAGAUCGAACCCGAAACUCCAUUGACAACUCUUAAAUGCAUGAUCAUGGGUCUCACAAGUGAGCAAACCUUUAGCAAAUCCGAGCUUAAGAGAGCCGAGGAGCUUAUGAGCCGCGCUUUUGUUGAGUUCUACCAGAAACUUAGGUUCUUAAAGAGUUAUUGCUUCUUGAAUCAAUUGGCGUUUUCAAAGAUACUAAAGAAGUAUGACAAGACUACUUCGAGGAAUGCAUCGAAGCCUUACCUAAACACAGUGGACCAUUCUUAUCUAGGAAGCUGUGAUGAGGUCUCGAGGCUCAUGCCGAGAGUGGAGGCUACGUUUAUUAAGCAUUUCGCCAAUGGAAAUCACCGAGAAGGAAUGAAGUGUUUAAGGCCUAAAGCUAAGAGGGAGAAACACAGAAUCACAUACUUCCUCGGAUUUUUUUCGGGUUGUGCAGUGGCUCUUGCCAUUGCGAUAACAGUUCUUGUACAUAUAAGAGGCAUAACAAAGAGCGAGGGAAGGCAUCAGUACAUGGAGAACAUUUUCCCUCUUUACAGCUUGUUCGGGUUUGUUGCGGUUCAUUUGUUUAUAUAUGCAGCAGACAUAUUUUUCUGGAGUCGGUAUCGAGUAAAUUACCCGUUUAUCUUCGGGUUUGAGCAAGGGACUGAUCUCGGUUACAGAGAAGUUCUUCUACUAGGCUCUGGUCUAGCAGUUUUAACAUUCGGAGGAGUCAUCUCAAAUCUUGAUAUGGAAAUGGAUCCAAGAACCAAAAGUUUUAGUGUCAUCACCGAGCUUGUUCCUUUAGCUCUUUUCCUCUGCUUGAUGUUGACGCUAUUCUGUCCAUUCAAUAUAGUAUAUCGGUCAAGCCGAUAUUUCUUGAUCGGAUGUUUCUUCCGUUGUCUUUUAAGCCCACUCUACAAGGUUAUUCUCCCGGACUUCUUCCUCGCAGAUCAAUUGACAAGUCAGGUGCAAACAUUCAGAAGCAUGUUGUUUUAUGUUUGUUACUAUGGAUGGGGUGGAGAUUUCAAGAAACGAACACACACAUGCUAUGAGAGUGAAAUUUACAAAGAACUCUACCUCGCCGUUGCCAUUAUUCCUUACUGGUUCCGCCUCGCUCAAUGUAUAAGGAGGUUAGUUGAGGAGAAAGACAAAAUGCACGGCCUAAACGGGCUAAAGUAUCUGUCGACUAUAUUGGCGGUUGUGGCUAGGACAAUCUUCGAGACCAAGAGAGGGACUUACUGGCUUACGGUGGCUGUAACCACGUCGAGCAUUGCCACAUUGUUCAAUACUUAUUGGGACAUUUUCAAGGAUUGGGGUCUCAUGAACCGCAACUCCAAGAACCCCUGGCUUCGUGACAAAUUAUUAGUCCCUUACAAAAGCAUAUACUUCAUUGUCAUGGUGGUGAAUGUGGUGCUGAGGCUGGCGUGGAUGCAGACAGUUCUUGGGAUUAAAGAAGCUCCAUUUUUGCACCAAAGAGCUUUGGUUGCUGUUAUUGCCAGUUUAGAGAUUGUUCGUCGUGGCAUUUGGAACUUCUUCAGGUUGGAGAAUGAGCAUUUGAACAAUGUUGGGAAAUACAGAGCCUUCAAGUCUGUACCUUUGCCUUUUCAAGAACUUGGAGGAAGCAAGAGCGUGUAAAUUUGUUUAAAUUAAUUUGGAUUAAUUUCUUGAUCAUAUAUCAUAUGUAAAUUGAUUUUUUCCAAAUUUUCAGCAAAUACAUUUUUAAAAAUAUUUUUUGGUCUUUAAUUUGUGAAUGUAAUAUAGCAUU